AUGGUGAAGCGGGACCUGGAGAAGGAGCGGCAGCUGGAGCUGGCCGCCAUUUGGGGCAGCGAGGCGGACGGCGAGCUCCGCUACCCGAAACGUCGUCGGCCAGCGGCGAAGCGACCAGCGGCGGCCGCCGGCGCGGACGCUGUGGACGAGGUGCUCUCCUCCUUUGGCAGCGACGCGGUCAGCGAGGGCGGCUCGGACCGCGGCGCCCCAAGGAAGAAAAAGGAGAAGAAGGGCAAGAAGGCCUCCAGCGCGUACCGGCUUCACUGCUUCGUCGCCUCCGGCACGGAGCGUAACGCAGUGCGUACCGUUUUCGACGCGUACGAGCCCAAGGUGGAGCUGCGGGUGUCGCAGAAGGGCAACCUGCUUAACAAGACGCACUACGCGGUGCUGACGUUUCGCAACAAAGCGAUGGCCCUCCAUGCAGUCAAGACGCUGGACGGCACCGACCAGCGCGACCUCCUCGGUGUUAGGGAGAUGAAGCUAGGACUGAUGCUCUCAAGGAAAGAGCACAAUGCGUCGCGUAGGAACAUGCGUAAUCGCCUGCGUGAAGAGCGGGAGCGAAGAAUGGUGGAAGAGACGGAAGAAGAAGCGGGGUUCAUCAAAAAUUUUGUGAAAAUGUACGCCCGUACUGGAUAG